AUGGAUACCAAUGAAAGCUUUCGCAGACUCCUGUCUGACCCAGUCACAUUUCAGAAGAGUGACUGGGUGGUUCUCAUUGCAGGAGUUUUUGCAAAAGUGUGCAGUGUAGAUGGCUGUGAUAAUCAUGUGAAUGCAUCUCUCACAAUGUUGAUGCAGAGUGAGUUUCUGGAAGCCUGCUCUUCCAGAGUACUUCUUGAACUGCAGAGUCAGCCCUCCAAAAAUGAAGAGGGAUUCCAUCUAUUGAAGCAGCUUUUCCUGAUUCUAAGGGCUUUAGUAACAAAGUAUCCAGGUGUCUCUGGCAGCAAUGUGAUGAAACUCAUUCAUGCUUGUAGUAACAACUUGCUCUAUCUCCAGAACCAUGGUUUUGCUGUGGAAGAGUUGCAUGGCAAAUUUUCUAAGCUCCUCACAAUUGUUCAAGAGGCCAGUAUGGCCAUGCAAGUGGGUUCAGGCUCAACCACCUUGAGAACAGGAGCUGAAGAAGAACGUCUGAAUCGACUUCAUCUCACAGUAGCUCCUGAGAACUUCCGAUGCAUUCCUAUUGUACCAACCUCUGAGGAACUUCUGGAUGGUGAAGCUUCCUUCCUUCGACCAAAUAUCACAAAAGGUGCAUAUGCAAAUGUUGAACAUUAUCUUGAUGUUCACUUCAGACUGCAAAGAGAGGAUUUUGUUGCACCUUUGCGAAAUGGACUCAAGGAAUACCUGAAUGAAAGACACAGGAAAAUGCACUUCAAACAUCAAGACAUCCGUGUCUAUACUGGAGUGACAUACCACCAUAUGGAACACGAUAAUGGAUUUCACCUCAUCUACAGAUUUGAUGCAACUUGGUUCUCAAAGGUGAAAUGGGAAAUCUCCAAGAGAUUCAAGAUGGGAUCUCUUCUAUGCUUUUCAGAUUUCAGCUUCAACCAGCUGACAUUUGGCACCGUGUCUCGGAGAGACCCGAAUGCUCUUAAGAAUGGCUUGCUCACCAUUAUUCCACAAAGUGAUGUGUUUGACACAAAAGCAUGGAUGCUGGGAGAAAAGGUCAUCAUUGAGGCAUCAUCAGCAUACUUUGAAGCCUAUCGAUAUGUCCUAAGCUGCCUUCAAGAAUGCAGAGAAGAUGAUUUCCCUCUCAUUGACUACAUUGUGUAUGGGACAAUGAAGGAUGCUCCUCCAAAAUUCCUUCCAGUUCAAUAUGAUUUUUCCUUUAUUCAUCCUUGUCUGGGAAAAGUUGAUCUCUUGGACAAAGAGAACUGGCCUGCUGCUGAAGACUUUGGCUUUGAUAAAUCACAGUUAGAGGCAUUCCAUAGUGCUCUGACCCAGGAGUUUGCUGUUAUUCAAGGCCCUCCUGGCACAGGUAAGACAUUUAUAGGACUCAAGUUAGUUGAAACCCUGCUCAAAAAUGGUUUGACUGAACAAGCUGGUCCCAUUCUUGUGAUCUGUAACACAAAUCAUGCCCUGGAUCAAUUUCUAGAGGGGAUCUUGUCAUUCACUGAUGAUAUUGUUCGCAUUGGUGGUCAGUCCAAGUCUCCUCGCAUGCAAGAAUUUCUCAUUAAAAAGUGGGAAGAGGCUGGCCAACCGAUGAGAUCAAGUGCCAAUAGCAUAGUCUUAACAAAGAUGAGAAAGAAGCUUGGAUAUGAGAUGCAUGGCAUCAAGGAACAGUUGCAGCAUUAUCAAGAGAGUCUUUUCAUACUCCAGAGAGGUUAUGGAUUGCUUUCUUCAAAGACCUUGGAUGACAUGCAAAUUGUGGAUGAAGAGACACAUCCAAUUAUGCAAAAAUUCUUUCACUGGCUGAAAUUGGCUGGGAGGAGUGCAAACCAGCUGGAAUGUCAAUCCUUACAGUAUCAGUUUCAAGAACUUGCAAAGCUGAGACCCUUUGCUCCUAAAGAAAAACCUGUUCUUAAAUUAAUGGAGCAGCAGCAGGAAGAACAUUAUGAAGAUGAUGAAGAGGCAGUUGAGGAUGCACAAGCAUUUCAGCUUACACAGUGUGUUGAAGACAAUGACCUUGAGUUAGUAGUUGAUGUUGAGGACAAGCUUGAUGAAGCGUCAGGAACAUAUCUGAGAGUGGAGUUUGAGAUGUUGCUUGAAAACAAGCAGAAGAAGCAUGUGGCUGUUCUAAAUCAUACAAGGGCAUGCAAUCAGCUGAAGCUUUUCAAGCACAUUCAGCCUCUUCUGAAGAUUGAUCUAUGUAGUAUUCCACCUAAGCCAAAGCUCCUUCUGAACAAGCUUGACAAACAGUCUUUGAAGGAAUUCAGUCUUCAAGUUUACUUGGAAUUUGUGGCCUUUUGGCAUGGGCAGGUGAUUGUCUGGAUCCUAGAUGAGCUGAUGAAGAAGUCUAAGUUAUACUUGAAACUCAUGGAGAAACUCAGGGAACUGCAGGGAAUUAUGCAGUUACAUGCCAUCAAGGAAGCUAAAGUCAUUGGAAUGACCACUUCUGGUGCAGCCAAAUACCAGUCAUUGCUUCAAAACAUUGGUGCAAAAAUUGUAAUUGUGGAAGAGGCAGCUGCAGUCAUGGAGGCUCAUAUUGUGACAUCCUUACCACAUUCCUGCCAACAACUCAUAUUGAUUGGAAAUUUUAAUGAGAUUUACAAUGCCAGUGACUACGAAAUUCUGGAGUCUCCCAAGAAGAUGAAAUGGGCUCCUAUCAAGGAUCCUGUCACUUCACUAGAUGACAACCUGAAGAGUCACAAGUGGGUAAAACUCCAUUGGGCCAUCAAAGGAGAGACUGCACAGUGGGACCAUCAGCAACUCAAACCAAAUCCAACAUGGUAUGAGAUGGCUAAAAAGUACCACCUUGAUGUUAGUAUGUUUGAGCAUGCAGUGAAUAAUGGGACUCAUCUGAAACAGCUGAGGGUUCAGCAUCGGAUGCGUCCAGCCAUCAGCUGGCUCAUUGCUCCAGUUAUCUAUCCUGUUCUUGUGAAUCACGAUUCUGUCAUGGACUAUCCAAGCAUCUCUGGGAUUUCACAAAAUGUAUUCUUUGUGACUCAUGGGCAUGAGGAAGUUGAGGAGGAAGAUGUAUCUGGUCAUAAGAACUUAUUUGAAGCAGAAUUCCUCCUUGCACUGUGUCAAAGGCUCCUUCACCAGGAUAUAUACACCCCUGAUGACAUCACCAUCCUCACAGUAUACAAGGGUCAACUUUUUGCCUUUAAGCAGCUGCUGAAGGGGAAUCAAUUUGAGGAUUGUAAGCAAGUUCGAUGUACUGUUGUGGACAACUUCCAAGGUGAGGAGAACAAGAUCAUUUUGCUCUCACUUGUCAGAAGCAACAAAGAGGCUAAUAUUGGGUUCCUGAAGACAGAGAAUCGUCUGAUUGCAGAAAAGCCUGCAAAAGAACGCUUCCCUGUGGUCACUCAUGCACAAAUCUGUGUGGAGACAUAUGCACAAGAGAGUGUAAGGUCCUGGUCCCAUACUGUGGAGGUACUCUAUCCAGCUGUGGGCACAUUGUCAAGGUGCUGCCAGAUUGUGAACACAUUUGCACUGGCAAGUGUGGGAAAUGCUGGGGUGGCAGACUCCAUCAAGAAUGCAGUCACAAAUGUGGCCAUCCUCUAAAUCUGUAAUGCAAAAGAACUGGCAGAGUUCCAGAUCUAUGGGAAUAAGACUGCCAAGAAUGCUAGGUUUGUUUACCUGCCAGACUGUGACCACUGCAUUGAAGUGAAGGCACUGGACCAUCACAUGAAGGUGGAAAUGGAAGAAGUCAGGAUGAAGAGAUGCCCCCUUUGUCAUAGGGUCAUCUGGUCAUCAGUACGGUAUGGGAACAUCAUGCGACAGCUUUACUGGAAUCUUGCAGCUGUGAAGGAGAAGGCUUUUGGUGACCCAAAGCUAGACAAAGAUGACUACCACAGGUCCUUCCAAGACUUGAAAAAAAGUGCAAUGGGAAAGGUGGAACGCAUCAAGAAGUUUCAUAAUAGCCUCUUCACCUCAACUAUUGUUAAUCAGUUUGAGAUCAUAUUCUUCAAGAAUCAGAGGGAAGUCCUAGAAAAGUUGGAGCUGCUUAUCAAUACUGGCCAGAAAUAUUGUGCAGAAGUUCAAGCCUUUCUGAUUCGGAAAGCAAAAGUGAUUGCAAAUCGUGUGUUGACACAAAUAAGGGGCUUCAGUGACUUGAAACUAAUGGCGCUUGCAGGGGAAGUUGCACGUCUCGGGCUCCUUGCUGAAUACUGGCAGCUUCAGUGUUUUUUUUUGGAUGGUGUCACAAGUAACCCAAAUGCAAUGGAACAAUUGAAGAAAGCAGAAGUAUUGCUCCUCGGUCAAGAACCAUUCACAGAUGCCAUGUAUAAAGAGGCUCAUAGGGAGCUGGAUGCUGCAUCUCGAAGCUGUGGAAAGUUGGGGAUACCCAAUCAAGAACAAACCAUUAUUCUCAAGACUGUGGACUUUGGCCAAGGAUACUGGUAUAAGUGUCCCUAUGGACACAUCUGUGCAAUUGGGGAAAGUGGAGGAGCCUUGCAGGAACCUCGAUGUGAUGAGUGUGGGGCAAGGAUCAGGGGAGGUAGGCAUUGACUAGUCAAUGACAAUGCUCGUGCUGGAAAAAUUGGGUCACAGCUCCUGGACUGGACUUAAUUAAUCUUAAACUGUACUGUUUGCAAUGCUGUAAGCAGAUCAAUGUAAACUCUAUUCCAUCGGGAUAGAUUUAGGCUUAUAUUUCAU